AUGAUUCGGUUCUACUCAACGUUUGCAAAAACUUUUCAAUCUGAUCACUGUUUUAGAAUAGGAUCUUUGAUUGAAUCAUGCAAAUCCAUGCAAGAAAUUAAACAGACCCAUGCUCAGUUAAUCACCACUGCUCUAAUCUCACACCCUGUUUUAGCCAACAAGCUCCUCAAGCUUGUUGCUUUUGCUUCUCUUUCUUAUGCCCACAAACUGUUUGAUCGAAUACCUCAACCAGACUUAUUCAUUUACAACACUAUGAUCAAAGCACAUUCUUUGUCACCUGAUUCUUGUCGUGAUUCCCUUGUGGUGUUCCGCUUGUUAACCCGGGAUACAGGUAUUUUUCCGAAUCGAUAUAGCUUUGUGUUUUCUUUUAGUGCAUGUGGAAAUGGGUUGUGCGUGCAGGAGGGGGAACAGGUUCGGGUUCAUUCCAUGAAAUUUGGGUUGGAGAACAACGUGUUUGUUGUUAAUGCCUUGAUUGGUAUGUAUGGAAAGUGGGGACUUGUGGAAGAGGGUCGGAAGGUCUUCGAAUGGGCUGUGGAUAAAGACUUGUAUUCUUGGAACACAAUGAUUGCAGCCUGUGUUGGAUCGGGUGACAUGAGUCAAGCUAAGGAAUUGUUUGAUGGAAUGCAAGAGCAAGAUGUUGUAUCAUGGAGUACUAUAAUAGCUGGUUAUGUUCAGGUUGGCUGUUUCAUGGAAGCUUUGGAUUUCUUCCACAAGAUGUUGCGAGUAGGUCCAAAACCAAAUGAAUAUACCCUUGUAAGUGCUCUUGCAGCCUGUUCAAAUCUAGUAGCAUUAGAUCAAGGAAAGUGGAUCCAUGUUUACAUUGGCAGGAGCGAGAUUAAGAUGAAUGAGCGGCUUCUUGCUAGCAUCAUUGACAUGUAUGCAAAGUGCGGAGAGAUAGAAUCUGCAUCAAGAGUUUUCUGUGAACACAAUGUGAAGCGAAGGGUUUGGCCUUGGAAUGCCAUGAUCGGUGGGUUUGCGACGCAUGGAAAACCCAAUGAGGCUAUAAAUGUCUUUGAGCAAAUGAAGGUUGAAAAAGUUUCUCCUAAUAAAGUCACGUUCAUUGCCUUACUAAAUGCUUGUAGCCAUGGGUAUAUGAUCGAGGAGGGAAAAUUGUAUUUCAGAUUGAUGGUUAGUGAUUAUGGAAUUAACCCAGAAAUAGAGCAUUAUGGAUGCAUGGUAGAUCUACUUAGUCGUGCUGGGCUCUUGAAGGAGGCUGAAGACAUGAUUUCAAGUAUGCCCAUGGCUCCAGAUGUUGCAAUUUGGGGAGCACUGCUGAAUGCUUGUAGAAUCUAUAAAGAUAUGGAGCGGGGAUAUAGAAUAGGCAGGAUAAUUAAAGAAAUGGAUCCUAACCAUAUAGGGUGUCAUGUUCUAUUGGGUAAUAUAUAUUCUACAUCUGGGAGAUGGAAUGAAGCAAGAAUGCUGAGAGAGAAGAAUGAAAUCAGUAGUGACAGAAAAAAAAUUCCUGGUUGCAGCUCAAUUGAAUUGAAGGGUGUAUUCCAUCAAUUCCUUGUUGGAGAUCGAUCCCAUCCUCAAAGUAGGGAGCUUUAUUCAUUUUUGGAUGAGAUGACGACCAAGUUGAAGAUUGCUGGGUAUGUUCCUGAAUUAGGGGAACUUCUGCUUGAUAUUGAUGAUGAGGAAGAUAAAGAGACUGCUCUGUCCGUACACAGUGAGAAGUUGGCUAUUGCUUUUGGAUUGAUGAACACAGCACCUGGAACUCCAAUUCGCAUUGUGAAGAAUUUAAGAGUUUGUGGGGAUUGUCAUCAAGCAACAAAAUUCAUCUCCAAGGUUUAUGAUCGAGUAAUUAUAGUUAGAGACAGGACAAGGUAUCACCAUUUCAAAGAUGGAAUCUGUUCUUGCAAAGACUACUGGUAGAUAAAGAAAGUGCUACACAUGUCAAAUAAGUUUCCUUGUGCAUGUUUCCCUAUUUGCCUGCUCAUAAUCCUUACUACCAGGAUUUGACACGGUGCUGCAUUUUUGUUAAUAUGGCGAACUCUCUCACAUAUUGAGUUGGCGAGACAAAGGUAUGCAUUUGAUGAUAAGCUUUUAGCUAAGGUGAAAGAUAAUGCUGUGCAUAUGAUCAACACCUUUAAUUACAUACAAAUAAGAUAGAAAAGAUCAAGGGCGGAAGAGGUAAAGUUCUCACUUUUCACUAUUUGCAUUGUUGAGCAAUUCUGCAAUUGACUUAUUAAAGGGUGCUUUUGUUUUUAUUUGCUUUAGUCUGGUUCUUGAAGAAUGCGUCACUCUGUGGUUGUGUCAAUUCUUUACAGCUUCACAUAAUGACUGCUGCCUGAGUUUGCAGGUGGAUCGAGAAAUGUCAUUGGACUAUUAGAGGAGUAUGUCACAGAUAGCGAGCAUCUCAAGAGUUUUAGACAAUACUUGGACAUCGGAAGCCAAAAAUAGGAUUAUUGACUUGCUUCGACUUUGUGUUUUUAAGAUUCUUUCAAUGACGAAAAAGUAUUAUACGACAAUGAAAAUUAUGGAGGAGAUAUCUAGUUAUAACAACUGUACUGAUUGUAUACGUUUAGGACAAGUCAUGUAUCUAUUUUUUAUUUUUUUUUCUGAAGCUAUUAACUUUGAUGGGUAGACAGACAACGGGAUAACACUAGAGGACAAGCAAAACCCGAGGAAUGGUUCUCCUAGAUAUAAAAAUAGGGGGAAC